AUGUUUCAAUCAGAUACUGAAAAAGAGUUUGAAUUCUUUACUCAACAACUCACAAACAAAGAAAGAGAUUGUACCUCAGUUAAAAAUGAAGAACAUAUAGAGAGUAGUAUUGAAGAUACACCCAAAGAGAUAAAUCAUCCAUUAAAUAAAAAAGGUUGUAUUCCAACUAAUACUACAAACCAAAGAAACCACAUAAGAAGGGUCAUUAGCCAAUCAUAUUUUCUUGAAUAUAUACAUUCACUUCUUGGCAAUACAUGUGUCAAUUGUGAUAGGCAUAUUUCUAAUAGUUCCAGAAAGAUAGUGAAUGGACAUACUGUUAUUUUACAGGAGUUUCAAAAAAAGGGGGAUUCAAUUAUUAAUGUUGAUGAAAUUAUCCAAUACCAAUUUGGAUAUAGACGAUUAAGUGCUUAUGAAAAAGGGGGAUGGACUUUUAAUUUCCUGAAAGACUCUCUAUCUUUUUAUGGAUUUGAAAUUCAUGAGAAGAAAAUUAAGAAAGGAUGUUAUAAGUCACAAUCCUUAAAAGGGACUUUGAUUACCUCAAUAACCAUCCCCGAUAAAUACAUUAGUCUUUUAAUGAAAGCAGGUAUUAAUGUUUUCGGUUCCAGAAUUUCUGAUCAACAAAUUGAUCAGAUUGUACAACAGUUACGUCUUGGUUAUGAGAAUAAUCAACUUAAUCAAAGAGGGAAUUAA